AUGAACGACGCGUCCCGGUUCCCGGAAGCCUCGGCUCUGAUCCGACAGGCAAACGAUGCAGCUACUGCAGGACGCCUCUCACCUCAGCUGGAGCAGAGGAUUGACGAGGAUAUCCUGGAACUGGAAGGCGCGCUCCAACAGCUUCGUGCUGCACGCAAUGCUUGUCGGCCGCUGCUCCGUCUCCCAUUGGAGGUGCUGGGCGAAAUCGCUGAGAUAUUGGUGUCGAUCUGGCCUGCCUACACCGGCUACCCGAAAUCGACUGUGAUUGGAUUUAGCUUUGACUACUCCACACGUGGUCCUGGUUUAAAGCUUGGCUGGGUGCUAUUGGGACAUGUGUGUCACAAGCUGAGAAGCGCUCUUCUGGCGCGCACCGACCUAUGGGCGCAGAAUAUCUGCAGCCUAUCCCGAAAAGCGAACGCGCUGCUAUCUUAUUGUGGCAGCGCUCUUACUCAUAUCGACAUGUUGCACGACAUCAAGGGAUACGCGGACUACAUUCCCUCAUCUUUCAUUGAUCUUGUUGUGAAGUGUUUACCAACUUCACGCAUGAUCUCAAUCAAAGAGCGCGGUCGCCAGGACAAUAGUGGAGCCUCGAUGCUGAGAAGUAUCAAACCCUCGACGUUUUCUGUCGUACCAUAUCCUCAUCUCGAGCACCUAUCACUCCAGUCGGAUAUUCAGCCGAACCAGAGUCGAGCCACUCGUGUGCUGACGCUUCCAAUAAUGGUGGCACCCUUGCUACGCUCGUUACACCUCAAGAACUAUACCCUUCCGCUGGAUCCGUCCGGCCUGACGAGCCUCACCCUCGAGUUCAACGAGCCGACGUACUUCCUUAGUUCCGGUGCUCUUUUAGGAGUACUUCGUCGGUCUCCCCAGCUCAUCCAACUCAAAUUACACAACUGCAUCACAGAGUUGCCGCAGAAGGCCGAAGCUGGACCUGUGCCUAUGACACAGCUCGAAACUGUUGACAUAAAGGAUACGCUCCGCCGAUGUGUCGGCAUUCUAUGCCACCUGGCUUCUCCCACUUCCACCCAGUACACCUUACGCAUCGACAAUACGACCGAUGCGCAAGAGCCCACGCAUCUCGAACCGCUUGUGCCCUUUCUCCAGACCAGGGAUACCCCUUCAAUGACCGGCCUUGGUCUCUUUAUGGGGUCGACGGAGAGCGGAUUCGCGCUCUAUAAGUCGGCUCCGCUCUCAGUCUCAGGAAAACUUCAUUACUCCGGACCCUCUCUGUUCUCCGCUGGACAUGGCUACCACGAACAAGUGCAUAUCACCUUUACCCAUGGCACGCACGACGGCGGGACGCAGGUUCAGCGAAUUAUCAACUCCCUCUCGACCGCGACGGAUUGCGGCACAAUCGAGGCGCUUGGGAUCAUCUUGUGGUCUGGUAGUGUGUCAUAUAGCAGUGCCUUCUGGAAAAGCAUCUUUGCGCACUUCCCCGGCGUCGCCACUCUCUCUAUCGCUUUUAUGUGGAAUUAUGCCGCGCUAUAUGAUGCCCUCGCAGUGCCGUUUAGUUUUGGACACUCCUCGGAUGUUCAGGACGAUAUCAUGCUACCGCGACUGAGCUACUUGUGGCCGGACGUGCUCGAUCUGCGAGCAACGAGUCUCUUGGGUCUCACGAGCACGCGCUUUCUGCGUAUGCUGUCUUCGCGCUCGCAGGCCGGCAAGCCGAUCGGGCGUUUGCGCACCGGUAUGCUACUGGUGCAGGACCCAGUAGAGGCACGAGAAGAGCUCGUACCAAGCAUCGAAGAGCUAGUGGAGCUCGUUGAGAUCGAUGAAGUGGAUGAGAGACACCCUGACACUGACAUCGGGGGAUCGGAUUCUGAAUCCUCAGACUCCGACGAUGAUUGA